UGAUUCCCGGAUUUCAUUUUAACUUUCAUCUCACUUUUAAUGCUCAGUCAUUUUAUUUUGUAAAAAUUGUCAACAGGAGACAAGAAAGGAAAAAGAUAACCACUGUCUCAAUCAUCAUCAUAAUCAUCAUCAUCUUUCUUACUCCCAGCAAAGCCACACAAACAUAUCUCUCUCUCUCCGUUAUCAUCUCUUACAUCAUCUUACUUCUUGUUUUAACCCAGUGAUUAUUUCAUUUGUAAAAAUUGUUUCGCUUUUUCUGUCUUUUCAUAUAAGCUUAUUUUUCUUUGCUAAUCAAUCCAUUUUUCUCACCCCAUACACUUUCUUAGUCAUUCCUUAAAAUAUGUGUUAACCAACGGUUAUGUGUUUCUUUUAAAAACAAAGCAAAAUUUUGAGCAAGUGUAUUUAUUUAAAGCAAUUUGCUGAUUACCCAUCAUAUGUUAAUCAUCAGUGCUUUCCCUGUUGUAAAAUAUUCAGCCUGAAAACACCAAAAGUAAAAGUGGUUUUAAUCACAAGACAACAAUAACAGAAGGAGAGAAAAAUCUAAAAGCUAAAAAUCUUCUGACAAAACCAAACAUAAUCUUUAAACGCUCAAAAUCUAUCAUCUGUCUUCCAGUUUAGUCUUUCAUCAACCAUAGUUUCUAUCAAUUAACCAACCAUAAUCAUUAUCUGCCUCAUUGUGGACCACAUCGUUUGGUUAAAAUUACAUCUCAAAAAUUGAUACAACCCUUUGCAUCAACAUCUAAGUGAGAUUCCAAUCACCAUCAAAGUUAUACUCUUACUCAAUAUUUUUGUGUGUUGUGUUUGCAACCUAUUAUAAUAUAAUUAUUAAUCAUUGUACCUCAAUAAGAUAAAAGUUGCCUUGUUCCUAAAUCCAGUCAACAUUGGCAAUCUUUAAUCAAUCCAGUAAAAAUCAAAAUUAUAACAUCAACAUAUCAUCAUUAGUUUAUACGUAAUGGCCUGUUGAAAGGGUUCUCGCAAUAGGAAAACUCUGGAAGUAAAGGAUAUUAGCCAGUUAAUCAAACAAAUCACAGUCUUCCAACUGCAACAAAAAAUUCGAUUGAAUACUUGUUCAGCUUAACCGUCAAAAUUUGAAUCAUCAACAUCAACCUUACACUAUGACUGAUAAAGUGGAAAUGAAUAGCUUUUCUCGCCCUGGUUCUGGUGGAGGUGGUAAUAAUUCGGGUUCAGGUAGUCGUCCGGCUCGGGCCAAUGGUGGAGCGCAAAAUAGUAAUUUGGUGCCUACAGAGGUAAAAUUAUUGAGUGAAGAGACUGAUGAGCGUGGACAGUGGUCAGGAAAGCUUGAUUUCUUAAUGUCGUGUAUUGGUUACGCCAUUGGUCUCGGAAAUGUUUGGAGAUUUCCUUACCUUUGUUAUAAGAAUGGAGGAGGUGCAUUUCUAGUUCCAUAUUGUAUUUGCCUGUUUUUAGCUGGAAUCCCAGCAUUUUUUUUGGAAAUAUCAUUGGGACAGUUUCUUGGUAUCGGAGGAAUCGGUGUAUGGCGAAUCUGUCCAAUAUUCAAGGGUGUUGGCUACGCUGCGGCUGUUAUGGCCUUUUGGCUGAACACAUUUUACAUUGUUGUCUUGGCUUGGGCAUUAUAUUAUGCUUGGAGUUCCCUUGGAUUGGAUGUUCCUUGGCGGGAUUGUAACAACCCCUGGAAUACCAAAAGUUGUAUCACUGAUUCCGAUCUUAAAAUUAAAUGGACAAACUGUAGAUCCGAUCCAAUCACAUUUCUCGAUGAUUGUCGACUUCUCAACACUUCAAAUUAUCGAAGUCCCGUCAAGGAAUACUGGGAAAGACAAGUUCUCCAGGUAACAUCGGGAUUACAUGAUUUGGGUGAAAUUCGCUGGCCUCUGGCAGUUACACUUGCUGUAUCAUGGAUUGUAUGUUAUUUUUGCAUCUGGAAAGGAGUCAAAUGGACUGGAAAGGUUGUUUAUUUCACCGCUUUAUUUCCAUAUGUACUUUUGAUUAUUUUAUUGAUUCGUGGUGUUACCUUACCUGGAGCUGGUGAUGGUAUCUUGUAUUAUUUGAGACCUAAAAUAGAUAGAAUAACAGAAUCAGAUGUAUGGAUUGAUGCAGCAACCCAAAUAUUUUUCUCAUAUGGUCUUGGUUUAGGAGCUCUUAUAGCUUUAGGAAGUUACAAUAAAUACAAUAACAAUGUUCAAAGGGACGCAUUGAUUAUAUCAUGUAUCAACAGUGGAACCUCAAUAUUUGCUGGAUUCGUGAUAUUUAGCAUAAUCGGAUUCAUGGCUCAUGAACAGAAUAGACCUAUUGAUGAAGUUGCAACAUCAGGCUCAGGACUUGCUUUCUUGGCAUAUCCAUCAGCAACUCUUCAUCUUCCAAUCUCACCUUUAUGGUCUGUCCUCUUUUUUGUUAUGAUUCUUAUGUUAGGUUUGGACAGUCAAUUCUGUACGAUGGAAGGUUUCGUCACUGCCGUUGUCGAUGAAUGGCCAUCUGUAUUGAGAAAACAUAAAGAAGCCUUUAUCGCAUUUAUCUGUCUUAUAUCUUAUAUUAUUGGAUUUUUUUUUGUCGUCCAGGGUGGCGUUUAUUGGUUUGAACUUUUUAAUUACUAUGCAUCCAGUGGCUUUGCACUGUUAUUCCUUGUUUUUUGUGAAGUUAUUUCAAUAGGUUGGAGUUACGGGGUAAAUCGAUAUUACGACAAUUUAAGAGAUAUGAUGGGUUAUGAGCCUAGUAUAUGGUGGAAAAUAUCUUGGACAGUAACCACUCCAAUCAUCUGUGUCGGAAUAUUCAUUUAUAGCCUUAUGAAAUACAAACCAUUGACAUACAUGGAUUAUGUUUACCCAUGGUGGGGUCAACUGAUUGGUUGGCUUCUUGCUUUAUCAUCCAUGUUAUGUGUACCUGGUUAUGCUAUUUACAUUUAUUGGGUAACACCAGGAACAACGCAAGAGAAACUGAAGAAACUAUUUCGACCUGAUAUACCUGAAAUAACAGAGGAAAUAAGACGGCGAGUGUUAAAGGAACAAGGAGUCACAACCAUGACCUCUGUCUAAGGAUGAUUAUCCAAUGAUUAGAUUAAUUGUCAUCUUUUUCUUCCUAUUUUUCAUCAUUUCUCAUCUUGAAGCCCCGAAAAAUCAUCGUUGUCAUUGCCAUCAUCAUCAUCCUGGACAUCAUAAACAUCAUGUUUACAAUUGAAAGCAACAGUCAAAAGCAGCAACUGUGUUGUUCUUACAAUUAACUUCCACUAUAAUUAUUACAUAUUACCAUUAUUAUUAUGGUUAUUAUUAAUAUAUUUAACGCUACUCAGAAAUCAGGAAUCUCCAGCAAGGAUGAAAUCUAUCUUAGAAUGAUUUGAACCAAUCAAAAAUAUUAAAUUAACCACUAAAGUAGAUCAACUCAAUCAAGGAUUGAGAAAGAAAACAAAAGGAAUGCUCAUUGCAUUCAAUGUAGAUUCCUUUUCUUACUUUUACUUUCUUGGAGAAAGUAAAGUUCAGACAAAAAAAAUAUUAAGGUACAAGAAUCUCAUAGUCUACCUUGAAAAUUUGAUUAAUUGACUAAUCAACCUGGUCAAGUCUUUCAACAAUUACAACAAAUGAUAAUAACAUUGCCAUUAUCAUCAUCAUCAUCACCAUCCAUCGUCAUCUUCAUCAAUUAACAAGUUUCAACUACAUCUCUAUUGCCAACAUAAUCAAGUCUUUCAUGAUUAAACUACAACUGAUCAGUUAUAUCUGAUCAAUUUAAACUUGCAAUGCAAAAACAAUUCACUAGUGACAAAACAAUCGUAAUUAACAUUUGAUAUUAUCCACACACAAUGGCCAAAGUCUUUCAAUGGAAAUAUUAAUUUAACGCAAACGUAAACAAAGGAAUCAAGCGAAGUAAUCAACAAUUUGCCGGAACAAUAAUCAACCAUCAAUGAUCAAUUGCCAGAUGUCUUUCAACAAUUAAUCAACUUCAUUGAUACAAAACAAAAUUGUAAAAACCCAUUCUAUUUUUCGAGGUUGUCAAAGACCAGAAAAAGGGAUAAAAUGCGUUUAAAAUCAAAUCAACCCAGCAAUCUAUGUAAUGAUGAGACUAAGAAGUCUUUGAAUUAAUUUCAACUUAAUUGAUAAUUGAUUUUUAAGGUUCAAUAGAAAAACAAAAGAAUGGUUUAAAUCAAUUAAUUGAGUUAGUUACAAACUCGUCUGUAAUUAAUUGAUAUGACCAGAAACCGCGACAAAGAUCAAUAAGGACGAUAUCCAAAAGAUGAUAAACUGUAAUAAUCAAAUGAGUAGAUAGUUGAUAGUAAUUGUUUUAAUUAAUUUCUUAAGUUUGACAAACAAUUGUAAUAUAUUUAUCACUAUUAAUUGUUGAUUUACCUUUGUAAAUCAGCUCAGUCUGUUUAGGAUGCCUUUAAUUGUCUCCAUCUCAUCACAAUCUCAUUUUAAUUCACAUUCACUCUCAAUUCACAAUUAACUCGUAGUUAACUUGAGCAAAAGAAGAAAAAAAACGAUAAAAAAACUCCUAAAUAUCCAAGUUGAGAUUCUUGGACAAUCAAUUCAAAUUAAUUCUUAACUUCUUUAUUCGUCUUAUCAUUUCAUUUUUAAUGUAAAAUUGGAUUGGAUGGAUGAGAAUCUCAAUUGUAAUUACAGUUUUCAAAAUUAAGCUAAUCCACUUCAAUCCAAUAUCAACUUAAAUGGUUAAUAGUUAAUUUGAUUCCCUAACCUUUUAGAAAUGACUUUUCUCUCUUUUUUCAUUUGAUAUUGAUUGAAAGGUUAAACCAACUUAAUUUUGGAAACUUUAUAUAUAUAUAAAUUAAUUAUUACAGAGAGAACUUUAUAAUUAGUUCUGAUAAUUGAUUUUUAAUUGAUCAACAAUGAGAAGAAAGAAAAAAAUUGAUUUUAGAGUAAAUUUGAUUGAAAUAAGAAAUGAGAUAAACAAAUGAAAAUGCAAAUGAAACAAAUUGUUAGAUUUCUCUUUAGCAUGUCAACUCUAAUCAGUGACAAUUAAUCUGUGUAAUGAUUUAAUUCUUGUUUCAAAACGUCUAUUAAUUUACUCUUUAAUCAUAUUUUUUUUGUUCAUUUCAAUUAACAAUUAUUUUGUACACCAUAAUUUGAUAUCAGUUUGUAAUUGUUUUCAUUUUAACCAUUUAUUGCUUAGAUUUCCAUUUGUUAAACCCAACAACUCAAGUCGAGUAUAACAAUGUUACUGAGUCUUUCAACCAAAUUAAUCAAACUGUUCAACUGAAUUAAGACCAUUCCAAAUGUGAGUCUUUCAAAGGUUCAUCAAUUACCAAAUUAAAAGCAAAAAGCCAUAAUUAAUAGUGUUCUCAUCUUCUGUGUUAAUUACUUAAACUAAUCAUUUCGCAAAGAUUGAGUGACUAUCUCAGAGUAAAUUGUCUUCUUUUAAGUCUUGAUCAAGAUGAUAAUGAAUAAAGUAAAAAUUUACCAAACACAA